GAGGCUCGGCCAGAGUAGUUGUGCAACUCCUGCAGUAUAACAAGAUAAACUCUCUUACAUGCUCUAAUAGAGGACGGUCAGGAAAUGCACCACCAUUUUAUCGGAAGGUCAUGAUUAUGCAGUGUCACUGAAGAAAAGCCACUGAACAUGGAAGUGGGAAAGAGGAGGCUUUUUUAGCCGGCAGACACCAUGAGAGAUUGCAGGUGAUGCUUUGAACUUCUCUCCUGAGCUUCCAAUGGAUCUACAAAGGAAGAGCCGAACAGUUCAGCCUGCAGGUCCCCUGGAUGGAGGCUAUGGCUGGUUCAUUGUGCUUUCCACCUUCCUUGUCUUUGGGCUGACAUUCGGAGUAAUCAAGUCCUUCGGUGUGUUCUUCGUAGAAAUCCACUGCUACUUUGCAACCACAGCGACUGCAAGCUCAUGGAUCACAUCCAUCUCUGUGGCAACUGUACAUUUUGGGGCCCCUGUAGGCUCCGCACUGAGUGCGUACUUCGGCCAUCGGCCAGUGGUGGUGGCGGGGGGUCUGCUGAGCAGCAUUGGGAUGGUGGCCGGGUCAUAUGCCCAGGAUCUGCUACAGCUGUACAUCACUGUGGGGUUCCUUACAGGAUUUGGCUAUGCGCUGACCUGGACCCCUACUGUGACCAUGCUGGGCUGGUACUUUGAGAAGCGAAGGCCAGUGGCCAAUGCUCUUGCCAGCACAGGAGAGUGCCUCCUCACCUUCAUCCUUACCCCAUCCUUCCAGUUCAUGGUGGAUCAGUAUUCCUGGAGGGGAGCGAUGCUUAUCCUGGGAGCUCUGCAGCUCAACUUGUGUUUGUGUGGAGCUCUUCUGAGACCCCUCAACACACACGCUCCUCCUAAAGAGCUCGAGGAGAAAGAGCAGGAGAUGCAGCUGCUAUCUCAACCUCACAUAGACUCUAGUUCAAAUAAUAGGUCAGACUCAGAUCCACUGAAGGUCAAAAUCAUUCGUUACGUGGACUACACUCUUAUCGCUAAUGCUCGCUUCAUGGUCUACUCAAUGUUUGGUGUCUUUGCUGCUCUCGGCUUCUUCGCUCCAUCUCUCUUUCUGGUUCCGUACGCCCGGAGUCAAGGAGUGGAGGAGUACCAGGCGGCCGCUCUCAUGUCCAUCUCUGCUGUGUUGGACCUCUUAGGCCGGGUGGUAUUUGGGUGGGUGGCUAACCUGCGGCUGGUUAAGACAGUCCAUCAGCUGAUCGUCACAGUGAUUCUGUUGGGCAUUGUUCUGCUGCUCUGCCCGCUUGCAACCACAUUCACCCAGCUAGCGCUGUUCAGUGCGGGUUAUGGACUGGUGUUUGGAGCAACUGUGGCCAUUCACAUCACGGUACUCGCUGAGGUGGUGGGGGUGGAGAGGCUGGGAAGUGCUCUGGGCUUCUUCAUGCUCAUCCGCAGCAGCGGUGGCCUCCUUGGACCACCUUUGGCAGGAAUCUUCAUAGACAAAAUGAGUGACUAUGGAGCUGGUUUUCUGAUGGCGGGUGUGGCUAUUCUUGUCUCCGCCCUCUUUUUGCUUGUGCUACAGCAGAUGAACAAAAAAGGGACGGGAAAGGGUAAAGACGUCAACUUGGAGAACGGAAAAAGACAUGAGGAUCUGAAACCAAUAAAUUUCAAUUUCAGAAAAAGUUAGUAAGAGGAGGCUCUAACAUAAUGUGUAGUGUUUCGCCACAAAUGCAGUCAGGUAAGCAGAGAUUAUAAUUAGAGAUGACUGUCAAAAGUGAAAGGUGUUAAACUGAAAACAUGUUCUCAAUGCUGACAUGCACUGUCUGUCCAUUCACUCUCUCACUCUUAAUGACACUAAGUGAACAGACAUUUCCCACCUAAGUGAAGGAUUCAAUGGAUUCUGGGAAGUCCUAGAGUGUAGUGUAGUGUAGUCCUACAGUGAUGACAUUACAAGCAGUGUUUCAUCAGAUCUAUUGAUCUGGAAAAUGGGGAGUGUCUUAAUGGACUGAUGGAGCACCUAGCUAUAGCCAAAGAUGAUCACAUGCAGUCAAGAACAACAUAUUCUGCAAUUUCUUGUAUGAAAUUAAGAAUGCAUUUUAGUCUGUCUGUCCAAAAUUACACAAAUUUAGGUUUGAAACUUGAUUUUUAUUUAUCUAUUCAUUUGGGGGGUUCAACGUGCAGUCCCGAGGUCUGGAUGCCAUCUAAAUUCCACAUUUCAGAAAAUGUUCUCAUUUAUUGCCCUCUAAAGGUCAGGAAAGGGAAAUGCAGGAUGGAUGGUUACAGUGAAAGUUAUACCUAAAUGCACUUUUUCCUCUAUUUAUUUUAUGCAUGCUAUAAAUAAGCUAUGUUUUUUAUGUAUAAAAUCAUAUUUGAUU